AUGGCUGACGUCCCGGAAGGCACGCUGCAGAACCUCGUGGACCAGACGUCGCUCAAGUGGAUCUUCGUCGGCGGCAAAGGCGGCGUUGGCAAAACGACGACGUCGUGCUGCCUCGGCGUGACCCUCGCCAGCCACCGCGAGAAGGUCCUCAUCGUCUCGACGGACCCGGCGCACAAUCUCAGCGAUGCCUUUGGCCAGCGCUUUACGCGUGAGCCGACCGCUGUCAAUGGCUUCGACAACCUCUUUGUCAUGGAGAUCGACCCGAACAUUGAGAUGGACGAAAGCGUCGACGGCGUCUCGGACGCAUCGGGCAUGCAGUCGUUCAUGAAGGACUUGACCAACUCGAUUCCUGGCAUCGACGAAGCCAUGAGCUUUGCCGAGCUUAUGAAGCAAGUGCAGAACAUGGAUUACUCGGUCAUUGUUUUCGACACGGCGCCGACGGGCCACACGCUCCGCCUCCUCAGCUUCCCAACCGCGCUCGACAAGGCCUUUGGCAAGCUCAUGGCGCUCAAGAACCAAUUUUCGGGCAUGUUUGGCCAGAUGUCGGCGCUCUUUGGCGGCGCCUUGCCGUCCGAGGAAAUGCUCGUCGGCAAGCUCGAGCAGACGCGCGAAGUCAUCCAAAAGGUCAACGAGCAGUUCAAGGACGCCGAUCGCACGACCUUUGUGUGCGUCUGCAUCCCCGAGUUUCUCUCGCUCUACGAAACCGAGCGCUUGGUGCAGGAGCUCACCAAGUACGACAUUGACGUCCAUAACGUCGUCGUCAACCAGGUCUUGUACCCGGAAGAAGACUCGACGUGCAACAACUGCUGCGCGCGCCAAAAGAUGCAGCAAAAGUACCUCGACCAGAUCUACGACUUGUACGAGGACUUUCACGUGCUCGAGAUGCCGCUUCUCAACGAAGAAGUCCGCGGUGUGCCCGCGCUCAAGUCGUUUGCGAAGAACAUGAUCACGCCCUACAACCCGUAG